CUUGGCAUGCUGCUUUACAAACACCAACGGGGCCGAGAUAAAUCCUUUCAUUUUUCACUCUGUGGCCCCCGCCGGAAUAAGUUUGGACACCCCGACUUAGAGGAAGUGAGAUGUUCUGCUGCAGAGUUGGAGUGGAAAAUGUUAUUUUUACGCGACAGCGACAAGAUGUUGCGGGCACGGUGAGAUAUGCAAACCAUCGUCAGCUGCGUGGAAACUUCCCCUUUUUUUGAGCAGCAUCAACCAGCGUCUCCUCUCAGGCGGGAACAAGCUUAUUUCCAACGGUGUCGUUUAAGUUGAAGUUGAAGUCUUUCCUGUUUGUUUGUGCUGCUUUCAGCUGAGUGACAAAAUGAAUCUUCAUGCGUUCAUUUGCUUGACGUCAGUGACUGUGGUAGCAGCUGCAGAUUGUCCAAGAAAUCCAAGAAACCUCAAGAAUCCCUUUGAGCUAAGCAGCCCUCGGCCGUCCGCCAAAGCAGGAUCCUGCAUUGAACUGAUCUUAAAGGGGAGGUUUCCAACUGGGGCAGAUUCCAACUGGUUUUGGAUAAAAGACGCAAUCUGGAAUGAAAGGACGAUGGACUUCACCGGCACCGUCAUUCUCAGCUCCAACGCACAACGCCGGCCCGUCCAUCCAGACUUUGCGGGCAGAGUGAACUAUGUCGAUGGUGCGCCUUCCAGUCGGUCCAGAAAGAAUAUUUUGAUCUGCAACGUAACCAAAAGUGACAGCGGCAGCUACCAGUUCAGAUACGUCGAUCGAUGUGAGAAGUGGGUGACAGAGCCUCCUGUUGUUGUCACAGUGGAAGACAACCCCUGCCCAAUUACGUUUGGGAACCCCUCCCCCGUGAAGGAAAACACCAUGGUCACACUGACGUGCUCCACUUUGACCUCAUGCCCCUCAAGGCCUCAAAUUGGAGACGGUCGUCUGAGUCCCCUCGCGUCCCAGCGGCAAACUGGGAUGAGAAGCUCAUUCGUUUGGACGGCGGGCUGGCGGGAUGACGGCAGGGAGUUUUCAUGCCAAACGCAGGACAACACCGACACGUACUUGACUCAAAAAAUCACUUUACUCGUAGGAUACGCCCCAAAAAACACAAAGGCCAGCGUCUGGAACACAAAAGUCUUGGAAGGAGACAGCGUCCGUCUCAGCUGCACCAGCGAGGGAAAUCCCGCCCCCAACUUUACCUGGUCUACGAAUGAACGAGAGGUGUCCACCAGAGGCGGGUGGACCAUCACGUCCAUAAGAAGCCAACACAGCGGGACGUACGUGUGUCAAGCCACAAACGUGCACGGACAUGGCACGUCACGCAUCGACAUCAACGUGAAAUAUGCCCCGCGUGUUGAGAUCAUUAGUGGCUCGUCAACGUCCACGUUCACGCAGGGAGAUGAGAUGGCGCUGACAUGUCAUGUGACCAGAAGCAAUCCGCCGGUCCAAGGCUACACUUGGUCCAAAGAUGGGAAACCUGUUCAGGGUCAGCGGGAGUACGUGGUCCAGUCAGUGCAGCCCGAGCAUGCGGGCCGGUACACGUGCAGGGCCUUCAACGACGCGGGGGAGGGAACGUCAGCGCCGCUUCCCGUUCAGGUUGAAUACCCGCCAAGGAAAACCAAAGUUUUGGUCUCCGGGUCGGACUCCACCCACAUCAAAGUCAACACGCCCCUCGUGCUGAAAUGCCAAACUGACGCCAACCCGGCAGCGAACAAGUACUCGUGGUCGCUGCACAGCCAAAAUAAAAAGACGUCUUGGUCGUCCUGGCCGUCGGAGGUCACCGCGGACAUCUUGCGGGUGAGCAGCGUGCAGAGACGUCACGAGGCCUGCUACGUCUGCAACGCCACCAAUCGCAUCGCCAGCGGAGACAACAGCCAAGCUUUGUGCAUCCAGGUUCUCUACCCUCCCAGCAAGCCCGUGCUGUCCAUGGCCGCUGAAGCCCGCGAGGGUGAGCUGCUUCCCAUUGUCUGCUCCACAGAGAGCUUCCCGCCGUCCCACUUCACGCUGACCAGGACGUCCGGUCAGCAGUCGUCGGUGCGGCCCGUGGCCGAUUCCCGUGGCGGGAAUCUGUCCAUCACCUUGAACGUGACGUCAGCCGACGCCGGGGUCUACGCCUGCGAGGCCGCCAACAGCCAAGGCAGGGAGAGCACGCGGAGGCCUUUGGAAGUCCGAUAUUCUCCCAAAGACGUGACGGUGAACGCUCGACCGGGUCUGGACGUCAGGGAAAACGCGACAUUGACACUGCAGUGCGGCGCCAAGUCCCACCCGGCCGUGACCUCGGUGACCUGGUGGAGGAUGAUGGACGGGAGACCCCGAGCCUUGCCGAAGCUUUGGACCUUUGCCAUCGAGUCCGUCACGCCCUCUGACAGCGGCCUGUACGGCUGCACCGCCGCCAACGACAUCGGCACGGGAAGCUCGCCUCCGGUCCAGGUCAAGGUCAAGUACGCUCCAAAGCUCACGGAGAUCAGCAAAGCGGAGGAACGUCAGCGUUCAGACGGGCUGAGCUCGGUGAUGCUGAGCUGCAGCAGCCACGCCGUCCCCCCCGCCAGGCAACAUCUGUGGUACAAGAAGGUGGCGGACGGCCAAGGAGAGGACGAAAACGUGUCUGACUCUCAGAACCACACGGUCACGUCGGACCAGCCGGGCGUCUACUACUGCGUGGCCAAAAACGACGUCGGUGACGGGACGUCGGAACCUGUGAGCGUGUUUCUCGACGGAGGAUUCAUGAAGGCCCUGAAGUUCCUCCUUCCUCUUCUGUGCGUCCUCGUCUUUCUGCUUCUCAUCUUCUACAUCUGCAGACGCAGGAGGAACAAACUCAUCCAGGACUUCGCCAGCAGGAGGACUGCGAUGACAGACAACCAAAAAUUUGCAGGGUGUCGUGCCGAGUCCCGGACCGGUGACCCGAGCACGGAUAACAGGGCAACAACAAGCAUCCACACAGUCUACUCCCUGCUCGGCCUGCCCCCUGGUGGACGGGGUCGUCCCUCGGCAGCCGGCGGCCUCCAGGACGGCUUCCGCUCGGACGAUUCUGUCCACUACGCGUCCCUGCAGUUUGGACUCGAACGAGGGAACGAGCCGGAUGUCGUGUAUGCCGUGGUACCCCAGCCAAAGGGUCCCAAGAAGACGGGUGAAGAGAAGCUGGGUAGGACGACGCCCGCUGAGUCCAGCGAAGACGAGGUGGAGCUCAACUACUCGCAGCUCAACUUCACGCCAAAGUCCGUGCGCUCGCAGGACACUCCAUUAGGCUCCGCCCGAGAAGAGGGACUUUCCACCAGAGAAAACAUCUGAUUGGACGCACCGGUGGGCGUGGUUGUAUAAAGAAGGCUGACUUUCUCUUCCAGUGGAUUCCUGGGGAGGCCAUGUCGUUCACAACUGUGUCAAAGACUGGAAUAUACAGUCGUGUCUCACGAUACCACGUCAAAACAUACUGAAUGUAAAUACAAGUGAUGUGUAGCAUUGUGGUCACUAGGUGGCAGUAAUGAGACAUUAGCUUACAGACAUUACCUGAACUCUGCUAAGUCAGCCAUGGCAUGUCCCACAUCAUAGAGUGGGAAUAAGUUCUCCUCCUAGUCCGUGUGGAAGUGGUCCCUUAAGUUCCUUAAGUUUAGAAAAAAUAAAUUCGAGGCUAACUGGUGAGCUUACUAGCUUGUUAGCUUGCUAACUAGCGGCUGUGUUGAAUCCCUGCAGCAUAAGAGUUGCACAAUGUGUUGUAAAUAAUGACUAAUGGGGUGUUUUUUCAUGUCUAGAGGGCUCUAAUAAGGCUACAAAGCAUAUUUAGAAAGUCACAAACAGGUUUUAUUUUGCUCUAACAAAAAUAUUCCAUUUAUGACCAUUGUAUUCUAUGCUCAUGCAGAAAUUCAUUUAUCAAUUUUCACUUAACCGCUAUAGACGAGGGACGACUGCACCACGGCAACAAGUUUAUUUCUGGACUAUAACCAUUUGUUACCACCUCAACGGCGCAACUGAGAUGGAAGAAGAGGAAUCCAAAGAAACUUGAAGUUUGCUGUCAAUGCAGUUUUUCUCCCCGAUCCACCCUGGGAUCAACAUAGAGCCUUGAGGAGUGCCAGAGGAGCUUGUCAACCCGCAUGCCAUUGCCGUUCAUCCGGGCCAGAUUAGGAUUACCUCUUUGCAGUCAUUUUUUUGCUUGUGGAACCUGAUGACUUAAACCUUGAGUUAAGAUUACGAGACAUUCUUUUUGUCCAGAUUGGAGCUAUGUAAGGCUAAUUGUGAGUUUUUAUUCUUUUUCCAUUUUCACUGCUCAUACGCCCUUGCAUCCUGUCCUAUUAAACUCUGUUUUUCUGAAACAUCGUAAAAGAUGUCUUCUAUGAUGUAAAAGAGUACGCAGUAUUGUUCAAGAACAUUCCUUUUAGGUUAUUCCACUGAGAACUAAAAACCCAACAGGUCCCUCCAAUAACGAGUAAACGAUGGCAGGGCCUUACCAAGAGCAACACGCCCACGAGGAGAAGCAGCUGUAAGGUAAGGCUUCAGCACGAUGUACAUAAUCAUGUACAGAAUAAUGUUUCUUAUGUUCUUAUUCAUUUUCUUGUUCUCUUUCUUUUUUGGGAGAAUGAACAGAACAAGAAUUUCAUUGCAUAGCAGAACCACCAGUUUUACUGUGCAUAUGACAAUAAAACUCUUGAAUCGUGAAUAAUCAUGUCAACAUAUCAUAGAAAUGUGGUCUGGAUGCACUGGGGGCGUUUCAACUUUCCUCUUAAAUCAUCUUUGUCCGUUUUCCUUUUUGCAAUCGUACAACCUUAAACCCCCAUAAUAGUUUCACUUUAUUCCCAUCAUGUAAACCCCCCCGCCCCACCCCAGCUAAUUUUCCAAAAAUGACAACUUUAUUUUAGUUUUUCUCAUAAUAUUACAACUUUUUGAAAAGCAUAUUUUUUCUUUCCUGUUUCAUCUGUAGUCUACAAAAACAUUAUUUUUCCACACAAUAUUAUGAGAUAUUUUGAGUUUAUUCUCCUGAAACUGCAACCUUUUUUCUCGUUAGAAUACGACUUUCCCUCUCAAUAUUUUUACUUUAUUCUUGUCAAAUUACAGCUGUUUUUUCCCCAUCUCUGCUGCUGUCUUUUUAAAAAUUUAUUUCCAAGUAUUUAGUUUUUCUUCUUGUAUCUUUUCUUCUCGUAAUUCCGACUUUAUUGGCGCAAUAUUUUGACUUUAUUCUCGUAACAUUCUAACCUUUUCUGCAACCAAAUUUGAGAAAAAUUACCAAAAAAAACCCCUAAAACCCUCAACUUUCUGCUACUAAAAUGACAUUAUUUUUCCACAUAAUAUGAUGACGUACAAUGAUAUAUACUACCUCCGGCUCUAACCAGUGCUUUUUCCCCUCCUGUCUCAAGGGGUGGGGAGCUCAACUGUCCCAAAUGAAGUAG